UCCCCCCCAGUGCCGGAGCCCGAGCCGCCAUGGGGGAGGUGGAGGAGCCGGUGCCCGAAUCAGGUGCCGUUUUCACAUUUGGAAAAAGCAAAUUUGCAGAAAAUAUUCCUAGCAAGUUCUGGUUUAAAAAUGACAAGCCUUUGUAUAUGUCAUGUGGAGAUGAACAUACUGCUAUUGUUACAGGAAAUGGUAAACUUUACAUGUUUGGCAGCAAUAACUGGGGCCAGUUAGGACUAGGAACAAAGAAUACUAUCAACAAGCCAACUUGUGUAAAAGCUUUAAAACCAGAAAAAGUUAAACUUGCUGCUUGCGGGAGAAACCACACUUUAGUUUACACAGAACGAGGACAUGUAUAUGCUGCUGGAGGUAACAGUGAAGGGCAGUUGGGAUUAGGUGACACAGAGGAAAGAAGCACGUUUCAUCUAAUUAGUUUUUUUACCAACCAGUACAAGAUCAAACAGCUGGCAGCUGGAUCUUACACAUCAGCAGCACUAACCGAGGAUGGACAGCUUUUCGUGUGGGGUGACAAUUCUGAAGGUCAGAUUGGCCUGGCUGGUGAAGCCAGUGUGUGUGUACCUUGGCAAGUGGAUGUUGGAAAGCCUGUUUCCUGGGUCUCCUGUGGAUAUUACCAUUCUGCUUUGGUAACAAGAGAUGGUGAGCUCUACACUUUUGGAGAGCCUGAGAAUGGGAAGCUAGGUUUGUUGCCUGAACAACUGAAAAACAAUAGGGUUCCACAGCCUGUUCCUGGAAUUUUGGAAAGGGUUAAUAAGGUAGCUUGUGGUGGAGGACAUACAGUGGCACUUACAGAAACAGAUGUAUAUACCUUUGGCCUUGGACAAUAUGGGCAACUUGGACAUGGUACAUUUAUUUUUGAAACCUCGGUACCAAAGGCAGUGGAACAUCUGAAGAGGCAUAAAAUAUGUAACAUUGCAUGUGGGGAAAAUCAUACAGCUGUAAUAGCAGACAAUGGCCUUAUGUUUACUUUUGGAGAUGGACGACAUGGCAAGUUAGGACUUGGAGAAGAGAAUUUUACUAAUCAAUUCAUACCCACCUUAUGUUCUAAUUUCUUGACGUUUGCAGUCUAUUUGGUUGCUUGUGGUGGCUGUCACAUGCUAGUUUUUGCCACUCCAAGGCCUAAAGGGUCUGAAGAAAUACAUGAAGAUUUACGUGAAAACUGUUUGGCUGCUACUAUCUCUAAACUGGGUGGUGAUUCAUUAGUAACUAACACCUUGCAGAGAACGUUAUCGGCUCGAAUGCGACGGAGAGAGAGGGAAAAAUCUCCAGAACAGUUUUGUCGAAUGGUGCGAACGUUACCUCCGUUGGGAGAAGGCUCCCUAAAAACUUCUUUACGUGCUGCCAGCAACACUGUCCCACUCAGUUUACUCACAACAAACCAUCCUGCUGUAACGGAAGUGAAUACAAAUAAAGCGAUUGAAUCUACUGUGGACUGUAAAACAGAGGAUCGGAAGCAGGAAAAAGAUAAACUUGAAGAAAGUACCACAGAGGAAGAUUCAGAUAAGGAAAGUGAUGACAGAAGCCUUGGAAACACAACUGAUGUUCUAAAUAUGACACAUAUGAUGAGAUUGAAUCCCAGUGACCAGUCCUUAAAAUUAUCACCAGUUCAAAAACAAAAGGAUGAAGAGGGGGAAGAUGAGGGGGAGGAUGAAGAUGAGGGAGAAGAAGAGGGGGAGGAUGAAGAUGAAGAAGAGGGGGAUGAAGAAGAGGGGGAAGAACAGGGGGAGGAUGAAGAUGAAGAAGAAGGGGAGGAUGAAGAAGAGGGAGAAGAAGAGGGGGAGGGGGAAAAUGAAGAAGAGAAGAAGGAGGAGGAGGAGGGGGAAGAUGAGAGGGAGGACGGGGAGGGAGACUAUGAAGAUGAGGGGGAAGAAGGCGAGGAAGAAGAGAAUGUUGGAGAAAAAAUAAAAGAAAAUAAGCAUCUGCAGAAACAUAAUAAAAAAAAGCAGGAGAAGAAAGGAAGUGCUGUACAAAGCUCUAAACAGAAAGUAAAGACAAAACAACAUGUAGUGAAUGGAUUACACAAUUCAGAACAAUUUUGGAACAAUGUGCUACCUCAUUAUUUGACGCUAAAAUAG